AGUAUGUGAUGAACUUUUGAACGUUCAAGUUCAGUUGUGCAACUCAAAGUGGGAUUUUCUUUUUGAGAAAAGAAGCAAAAGGCAAUCUUGUGAGGAAAGAACCCUCUACCCAAAUAAUUGUUCUUGGUUGUGACAAAAGAAAUUACUUGCAAUUUAUUUUUCACCGUAACCUCAAUUGCAACAAUUUUUGCUUGAGGAAAAAUGCAAAAGGGGUUGUGUUGUGUGAGCGACAAUGUGAAAGGCUAAUUUACCAAGCUUAAGUGAAUGAGGAUUUUAUGCUAAUUCUCGGGAGUGCUGCUUUCUUUUCAUCCAAAAAGCAAAGGGAACAAAUGAAUUUCUUGGUGCUAUGUGUUCAAUGAGAAAAAAAAUUAAUCCAAUAAUUGUGAAAUAAUAUUUUGAACCCUGGGGAUCAUCUCUUAAGAUUUUCUGACCAAAUGUACAGGUGAAGUGCUUAUUGAGUGCGUGAUUGAAUUUUUUGGCUGAAGAAGAAAUUCCCUGAAGAGAUGGUAGAAAAUUCCAAGGAGGAUCAUAAGAAGAUCAUCAAAUUGCUAUACCAGAGUGCAAAUCUGAUUGUAAUGUAUAAAUCAACUCUCAGGACGCACUAAACAGGAUUACUUUAUCACCAUGGAUAUCGAAGUAGACAUUAAGCUUCUUACAACGGGAUAUUUGGAUAGCACGGUAACGUCAAAUUUUAAUGAUACCACCUGGCCAAAAAUCGUGGAACAUCCGGAGGAUGUGGAGGAAGAGCCAGACGCUGUGACAUUGUUAUCAAUUUUACUUGUUGGUGUUUUUUUAUCGCUACUUAUUUUUUUGUCGGUUGCUGGCAACAUUUUAGUGUGUAUCGCCAUUUACACAGAACGGAGCUUACGACGAAUCGGAAAUUUAUUUUUAGCCUCUUUAGCCAUAGCCGAUCUAUUUGUCGCAUCACUAGUUAUGACCUUUGCGGGGGUUAACGAUUUAUUAGGUUAUUGGGUUUUUGGUGCCCAAUUUUGUGACACUUGGGUUGCCUUCGAUGUGAUGUGCUCGACUGCCUCCAUUUUAAAUCUAUGUGCCAUUUCGCUGGAUCGAUACAUUCACAUAAAGGAUCCUCUCAGGUAUGGACGAUGGGUGACCCGUCGAGUAGCUGUGGGCACGAUUGUGGCCAUUUGGCUGCUAGCCGGACUCGUGUCCUUUGUACCCAUCUCCUUCAAUCUGCAUCGACCCAACACACCGGACGAUGACAAUGGCAAGAAGUACCCAACAUGUGCACUGGAUCUCACACCAACCUAUGCCGUAGUCUCCAGCUGUAUCAGCUUCUAUGUACCUUGUAUCGUUAUGAUUGGAAUUUACUGCAGACUGUACUGCUAUGCUCAGAAGCAUGUCAAAUCAAUAAGGGCCGUCACAAGACCCGGCGAGAUAGCUGAGAAGCGCUACCGCAGCAUUCGACGUCCAAAAGCGCAGAAAAAGCUCAAGAUUCGCCAAUUGCACCAUUCAUCGCCGUAUCAUGUGUCUGAUCACAAGGCAGCAAUAACAGUGGGUGUCAUCAUGGGUGUCUUCCUCAUCUGCUGGGUUCCCUUCUUCUGUGUCAACAUUGUGGCGGCAUUCUGCAAGACAUGCAUUGGUGGUCAGACAUUUAAGAUUCUAUCUUGGUUGGGGUACUCAAACUCGGCAUUUAAUCCCAUCAUCUACUCCAUUUUCAAUGCUGAAUUCCGUGAGGCCUUCAAGCGCAUCCUCACGGCUAGGAAUACAUGGUGCUGCUGUUCUAAUGAGAUGGGCAACGUCCACCCGCGCAACAGUGAUCGCUAUGUCACGGACUAUGCGGCCAAGAAUGUGGUUAUGAAUUCAGGACGUUCCUCGGCAGAGCUGGAACAAGUGUCCGCAAUUUGACCACCUGCACGUCCACCAAAGCACGAUGGUGGUUGUCUCUAAAUUUUUUUUUGGUCAACAUCAAACUUUGUCCAGCAAUGUCCAGAGAUUUUACAAUUUUUUUUUUGUUCGAGUAUGUGAUGUGCAGAAAACAGAUAAACACUGCAGUGUUUUGUGUGAUUUUGUGUGAAAUGUGCAAAAAGAUGUUCCUCAUUGCUGGACAAUGUCCAACAGAGUGAGCUUUCCUCAGACAAUCUCUCACUUAUGUGAGUAAAUCCCCUAUCUCAACCCUAUCUCCUGUAAAUAAGUGAUUGUAAGACUUGUAAUGGAGACGCUGAAGAAGGAUAAAAAGAAAAUAUGGUGUACAUAGAGCUCUAGGCGAGAAAGGAAGUAAGAGAUGAUAAAAAAAACGUAUAAAUGUAUAAGAUUUAAAAUGUGAAAGAGCACGGAGCACAUAGUGAAAAAUGGGUGAAAAAAUUUCCAUCAAAAUUAAUCCAAGCCCGGAAGGAGAUAAUCUCUUUCCGCGUCUCCAUCUCCGCAGACAAAAAAAUUUUUUUUUGGAGGAGAGGAUGAGGACACAGCCGGAAAUUCACCGCAAUGGGAGCAAUUCCCGCUCGUAUAAAAUUUACACCAUUUUAUACACAAAUCCAUUGCGAAGAUUCCACGAUGAAUAUUUCAGUCGGUGGAGAUGAACAACCAAAAA